AUGGGAUAUCAAAUGUUUCCUGUCUUUAUCAGUUGUAAUCAACUCAAUGGCAAUACGUUUCAUGAUCUUUUCCAACUGCGGGUCAAGCUGCAGCUCUGGGACACCGUGGGCCAGGAGCAUUUCAGGUGCAUCGCCAGGUCCUUUUACCAGAACAUGGUGGGCAUCUUGCCGGUCUUUGACGUGACCAACAGGAAAUCCUUUGACCACAUCCGAGAUGGGCACGAGGAGGUGAUGGCCAUCCCAGGCCCCGACAAGGCCGUCUUCGUGCUGGUUGGCCACAGAGUGACCUGCAGAGCGACCCAGGCGGCAGAGGAGCUGGCCGCCUCCCUGGGCAUGGCCUGUGUGGAGAUGUCAGCCAGGAGCCACAGUAGUGUGGACCUGGCCUUCCACAGCCUGGUUGAUACCAUCCAGCAAGCCCUUCGUCAGGGAGCCACCAAGCUGGAGGAAGACUGGGGCAGCGUCUGCUUCAUCCACAAGACGCAGAGCCCCGGGGGCCCCCCCAAAAGGAAGCCAUGCCCAGGCCCAUGCCAGUGUGGAUCUGGAGAGAGAGCCAGUUCAAACAGUGCCAACUCAUUCCCCCUGCCUGGUAGACCACCCCACCUCUUCCUGACUUUUUAUAGUAAAACUUACAUUAAGAAUCUUUUAGAGUGA